AUGUUACUUAGGGGAAUUGGUGUUUUAUUAUGUUUUCAAAUUAUUGGAACUGAAUGUUGCAGAAGCCCAAAUGAUAUGGAUCAUAAGAAUGAAGGAAGUAGUAUGCUUUCGGAUGAACAGAAUAUGAAUAUUUUUGGUCAGCUAGGCGAUGAAUGCUAUACAUUGGUUACUGGCAUUGUAGAAGUAUUGAUGGAAGACAUGAAAGUUCACGCCUGGACUAAGAUUGAUAUGGGGGCAAUUUGCUAUGUAAUAGAUUAUAACAAAAAAAAAUAUAGUCUGCGUUUAAUUGAUCCUGGUUUAAACAAUAAUCCACCGUCAGAAAAAUGGAAAAUUGCAAUAUCUCCAGAUGUUGAAUUUGCAAAGACUCAUCCCCACUUAAUAACUUUUAUAACUCCUGAUGAUGCCGUUUAUGGGCUAAAUUUUUCGUUCCAGCAUGAAGCUGAAACUUUUUUUUUUCGAGUUCAACAAUUACAGAAUGAACGGCGAGAAACUGUGGCACCAAAAAAAGGUAUACUAAAGAAUUUCAAGUGGUUUCCUAAUAGUAGUGAUGAACAUGUUACAAGCUAUACUGUGAGGCACGAAGCAUCAAAUGGUUCUGUAAAUACUGUAAAGGAGAAGGAGAAAACUGGCACAACCAACGGAAGACCCAAAAGUUUUUUGUUUUCACCUAUAACUGAAGGAAUGGAUAAAGCUUUCACUUCGAUAACAAACUUUGUUGACACAAAGGCGAAAAAUUUCAUGAAAGAGAAAGAAGGAAAGGCGAAGAGGAAUAAACAUAAAGAAAUAAAAAAAUUUGAGAUUAGUCAACCCAGCGAAUUUCAGCACCUUGCUCACAUGGGCGACAGUCCUUUUCUUCACAUAGGCAACAGUCCUGUCUACUUGGAAGAUUCAAUGACUGAUCAGACCGUUAAAGAAAUAUAUGCCUUCUUGGGUAUGGACUUUUCAAGCGCAUCAAAAUACUAUACGCAAGUCAAUGAGGAUGAAGAAAGGAGUCGUAAGUUUUUGUUACUUCUGAGAUCUGACGAUUUAACCGGCGACACUAACCGAAGAGCUGCAAAUGGGUCGGCUGAUACGAGUGACUUGUCUCCAUCUUCAUUUAGUCGGAUAAAUGACAGCAUGCGUCGUCCAGCUCGUGACUUCCAGCGUCAAACUCCGGCCAACCUCAAACGUUCUGACGAAAUCAGGAAGCGGGUAUUGGACAUAAAAAGUCUGUUUUUGCGAAAGGAUAGCAAAUGGGUGGUACCGGGUAAUGUGUCGAGCGCGUUGAAAAAGACGUCUCCUGACAGUUGCUGGCAUAUAUUUGAUUCAGAACGUAAGGAGUCCGGGAAGUCUGGAUGUUCAACGAGCAGAUUUCGUAACGGGCCUAAACCUCCAGUACCAUUGAAGACUGCAGUUGUCAGAGCGACUGUUUCACCAAGCACGACAGUGAGCAGUGUUUAUGGAGAGUCUGUGAUCGACGCGCAGAAAACCGCAUCAGAUAUUGCGGCUCGAAAAACAGUAAGAAGUCAAGAAUACGAGCCUUCUAAGACACGUACAAGUGCUGAAAGUUCAUCCAUUUCAAGUCGUACGGUGACUAGUAACAUUAGUAGUAAUAGUACCCCUGAAAUCAAAGUAAAUGGGACAAGGACAGGUGGUAUUAGGUCUGUUACAACCACUGCCGAUUCAAAGAUUACAAAUGAAGUUCUCCCAAAGUCAGCCAUUGUUAAAGAACCGCCGCCGAUACCACCUCUGCUUUCUCAAGGUCCUCGUGUUGGAGAAAAAGUUGCAAACAACAGUCGCAGUGACCUCCUCGCAGAAAUUCGGAAUGCCGAUCGAUCUGCUUUGCGGAAAGUGAACGUAAGUCCAGAUGUCCGGAAGCCACGUGGACGUUUGGAGGAGGAGAGUGUAAUUGACGCAAUCGCUCUUAUGAUUGAACGACGAAGGCAACGAAUUGCUUCAUCGGAUGAAGAUGACGACGAUGAAUCCACUGAUGAUGAAGAUUGGGAGUGA